AUGCUCAUCGGGCUAUGUGGUGGCAUCUGCGCGGGGAAGCAUGCCAUCGCAGACUACCUGAUCCGCGAGCAAGGUUUCCAAUGGCUGGAGUUGGCGAACAGCAAUCCAGCCCCGGUUUCUGAUGAUCCCAGCAGCGAUGCGUAUCUGCAAAGGUCCGUUAUAGGAGGAAGUGGCCAUAGCUUUGAAUCCGUGGACUCGUUUAUGGAUUUCGUCACGAAGCGGUGGACAGAGCGCUGGGUUACGACCGACAUCUGGGAUCGCUCAGUUUUGGAUAAGCUUCUUAUUCGGCCUUUCUUUUUGCUUGUAAGUGUCGAUGCACCGGUGAGUUUGCGGUGGCAGCGAUUUCGCGAAAGAUGCAGUAGCCGCCAAUUAGAACCCCCGCCACUUGAAAAGUUUGUGCUCUGGAGCGACCGGCAGUUGUAUGACAGAGAUAUCGGCCAAGCUUACUUGGUUGACCGAGCAUCGGUACGGCUUUUCAACGAGUCCUCGUCGCUGAAGGAACUAUACGCGGCCCUCGAAACUGUUGAACUGCCAAAUGAGGAACGCCUCCGGCCUAGCUGGGACCAAUACUUUAUGCAGUUGGCAUCUCUUGCUGCGCAGCGAAGCAACUGUAUGAAGCGGAGAGUUGGCUGUGUUAUUGUACGGGAUCGCCGGGUCAUUAGUACAGGAUAUAAUGGCACACCGCGCAAUAUUACCAACUGUAACGAAGGGGGGUGUCCUCGUUGUAAUCGAGGAGAAGGCGGCGGCUCAGGUCUCUCGACAUGCCUAUGUAUCCACGCCGAAGAAAAUGCACUUUUGGAGGCCGGCCGAGAAAGGAUCCGAGAAGGAGCCAUUUUAUAUUGUGAUACAUGCCCAUGCUUGACGUGUACCGUUAAAAUCGCACAAGUCGGUAUAACAGAGGUUGUCUACUCUAAAGGCUAUAAUAUGGACAAAGAGAGCGCUGCUAUUCUAAGUGCUGCUGGCGUCAACCUCCGGCAGCUGUCUCAGCCACCGAAUGGUCUAACAUACCUCUAA